AUGCCUGGUACAUCAAGAAGGCACAGUCUCUUCCGACCGUGCAUCGACCUGCAUGAUGGCCAAGUCAAGCAGAUCGUCGGAGGUACCCUCUCAGACAGCGACCCCGAGUCUCUGAAGACCAAUUUCGUAGCAAGCCAGUCUCCCGCAGACUUCGCUCGCAUGUACCGCGAGCACGGCUUGGAAGGAGCACAUGUAAUAAAGCUCGGAAAGGGCAAUGACGAUGCGGCACGACAAGCACUACAAGCCUGGCCAGGUGGCCUCCAAAUCGGCGGUGGCAUUACAGACGAAAAUGCAUGCGAGUGGCUAGAGGCAGGCGCCAGCAAAGUCAUCGUAACCUCUUUCCUCUUUCCUGGAGCGAAAUUCUCGCUUGAGAGGUUGCAGAAAUUGACCUCUUUGGUGGAGAAGGAACGGUUAGUCGUGGAUGUCAGUUGCCGAAGACGAGGCGACUCCUGGUUUGUCGCCAUGAAUAAGUGGCAGGAUAUCACGGAUAUGGAGGUUACGAAAGAGUCGCUAGACAUGCUAUCUGAAUACUGCAGCGAAUUCCUUGUUCAUGCCGCCGAUGUAGAAGGCUUGUGUCAAGGCAUCGAUCAGGCGCUCGUUCGAAAACUUGGCGAAUGGGUGACGAUUCCCACUACGUACGCCGGUGGCGCGAAAGACAUCAGCGACCUUGAUCUCGUCGACUCGUUGUCACAAGGCAAAGUAGAUCUGACAUACGGGAGCGCGCUGGACAUAUUCGGUGGCUCGCUUGUACGGUUCCAAGAUUUGGUGGACAACAACAACGCCGCGAAGGCUGCCGGUGCUGGCUUAUGAAGUGCAUGGAACCCUGCGUAUAUAAAUAUUGUGUAAAAUAGAGAAGAUACAUGAUGGAGUGUUGUAUAAGUGCUAGCGAAGCAGGUGGCAAAAC